UUUAACAAAUUUCGCCCAAAUCCUCUGCGGCCGUCUAUGGAUACUCCGCCUCUCUCAAGCGGACCAAUUUCAUCCGCCGCGGCGGCGGUCGCGGCGGCGGGACAACAACAGCCGCAGAUUCCGCCGCCGCCGCCAACGCAUGUCAACUACGCUGACUCGAUAGACUCGUCGCCGCGGUCACGCAACACUGAUUGGGAUGAGCCGCCGCCGUACGCCGCGGCGGCGGCUCCAGGCGGCGGAAAGCUCCGGCUGAUGUGCAGCUACGGCGGCCACAUCGUUCCGCGGCCGCACGAUAAGUCGCUGUGCUACGUCGGCGGCGAUACGAGGAUCAUCGUCACCGAUCGGCACUCGUCGCUCUCCGACCUCUCCCUCCGCCUCUCCAAAACGCUCCUGAAUGGCCGCUCCUUCUCGCUCAAGUACCAGCUCCCCAACGAGGACCUCGACUCCUUAAUCUCCGUCACCACGGAUGAAGACCUGGAGAACAUGAUCGAUGAGUACGACCGCAUCAACUCCAAUUCAAACGGUACGAAGACAUCUCGCCUCCGAUUAUUCCUCUUUCCUUCAAAGUCCGACACGAUGUCGUCAAUCGGGUCGCUUCUCGAGAGCUCAACCAAGUCCGAAGACUGGUUUCUCAACGCGCUUAAUGGAGCUACUUCCACUUCCACAAAAGUCCUCUCCGAAUCUUCAUCGGUGAAUUGCCUUCUCGGACUGGACGAUGAUAUCGGAAACGGGAAUUCUACUGGAAAAGAUGCGGAGCCUCUGCCGGAUGGUUCGGUAAACAUUAAAAACGGCGGUGUAAACCACGCGAAAGUGAAUGCUCAAGACGUUCACUCGGUGCCGGAUUCGCCUAUGUUGGCAAUGACAUCGUCUUUCGACUCGACAUCAUCCUCUCCUCCGCUGGGGAAUUUACCGCCGAUUAGAGUGCGCGUGGAGGAUAAUCACAGAGUGGGAAUCGAGGAGCAUUUCUCACAGAUGACUAUUGGGGCUGGGGCCGGAGCCAAGGUGGAACAAAAACAAGAGGAGGGGGGUUUUGCGGCAUUGACUUCACCUCCGGCGCCACCAGUGGCGGUAGGUGGGGAGUAUCCUAGCCGAGUUUAUUCUGAUGAUGAGAGAUCGGAGCACGGUGUCCCUGUUGGUUACUCAAAGCCACCACUGCAGCAACAACCUUCACAGCAGCCUCCCCAAAUGCAGCCUAAACCUCCUACGCCUACUGACUUGCCUUCCCCGGGGUCGGUUUCAAGCGAGGGUAGUGCAUCAAAUCCAUUGUCUCGGCCAAAACAGUACAUUUAUCAAGAUCCUAUGAUGCAAAUUCAGCCAGGGGUUAGGGUUUCAGCUAAUCCAGUUGAUCCAAUGAUCAGUGAUCCAAAUAGUAGGGCUCAGGUUCAACCGCAAGUUCAGGAUUCUGGUUAUGUGUUGCCAGGUCAUUUUGAUCACCAUCCACAAUUGCAUCAACAUCAACAUCCACAAUAUGUUCAAGCUGGGCAGUUUGUCCACCAUAUCCCGGCAGGGGCAAUGCCAAUCUCAUCCUAUUACCCUGUAUAUCCUUCUCAGCAGCAGCAUCAUCAUCCUCAACAUCCUGCUCUUGAGCAUCAAUUUCCAGUUUACUUUGUGCAGCAGCCUACACCUACACAAACGUACAACUUGCCCGUGCAACAAACUAGUGAGCCUUCUCCUACAGCUUCUACCCGUCCUCAAACACCUCCUGCAACUACAGUUGUCCCUCCUACUUCUGACUAUAAUACUCCUAGAAACGUUCCUGCCUCUAAACCUGAAAUGAAUGCUGGCUCAUAUAGAACUGCAGUUGCUCCACAAUUGGUUCAGGUUGCUCCUGGCCAGCAUCUCCCACAGUAUGCUGGCUUCACUCAGAUCCAUCACCCAUCUCAGUCAACUGUACCUACAUCUGCUGCUACUGGAAAUUAUGCUUAUGCUUUUACUGAUCCCACACAUGCACAGAUAUACUAUACUCAGCCUUUUGCACCCCAGAUGUCAGCUCAAUACCAAACUAUGAAAUCUGUCCAUGGUAUACCUGAAGCUUCUUCGCAGCUUCCUACAGAAAACCUCAAUCAGCAUGCUUGAAUUGUGAUGAAAGGUGACUUGCAGCAUGAAGAAACAGUUUUGCAGCCAUGGGUUUGUUUACAUUUGAAUUUAUUGUGUUAAACGUUUGCUCUAUUGUUACUAUUGGAAUGCGAUAUGUAUUUGUUAAAGGUUAUAAUUAACUUUGGUAUUCUUUAUUUUCUUGUAUGUAAUGUUAUUAUUUACUGUGAAACUGUGAAAGUAAUAGUGGUCCAUAAUUUAUAUGUGAAGUUAUAAUUCAUGAUACUUACCCA